ACCCCCACAUCCCCCCGCCCCCACCCCGACUCCCUUGGCCGUCAUGGCGCGGCUGUCGGGCUGGACUCUGGGUCAACUGCAGCUCGCACAGCUCAGCAGUGCCUCGGACCACGAAGGAUUUUUGCUCGGUGAUGUGAGAGAAGAUGAGGUCAGAAGCAUAAGUGAUUCGAACAUUAGCAAUGUAGAAAGCAAGCAAGUGUUAAGUAUUUACAGUCAUAUCCCAUGCACUAGAUUGGCCAGUUUUUACAACAGCGUUGCUAUCAUUAAUGAAGAUACUCUUGGUAACAUUAUUAAGAGCAAAGAGAAGGAAGUUAUCGGAUUUUAUAAAUUUCGCUGGGAGAGUGACCAGAAGAUUUCCUUCCGGGAACAGUUGCUGCUACAGAGGCUACGGGACACACUACAAGUGCCUGACCUCGUCUUCCUGCUCUUCACCAUGGCGUCAUCCUCAAACCGUGCCACUUACACCAUGGAAUACACACUCUUUAAGCCUAAUGGAAGGUUUUAUGAGCGAAUUCCCAUGACCAUCAGUAAUUUGGGACAAAGUGGGUUGGAAUCCUAUUGGGAUAUUCCUCCUCCCUGCCAUUCUACCACUUGCAGGAAUCUUCUGUCCAGAUCCAAAUUUGUGACCAACAAUGGUGAGAUGCGAGAUGUAAACAACAUCCUUCAACUGAACACAGAACUGCAAAACAAGCUGGAGCAUGCAUGCAGUGAUGUUUUAGAUGGUGAGCGCUCUGUGGAAGUUCUUUUUGCUGAGAUUAGUAGCCUAAAGCAAGCCAUCGAAGAAAAGAAGAAAGAUGCAUUGUUGAAAUCAGCAACGAACCUUCAGGGAGAGAACAGCUUCAGAGUGAACCACGAUUUGGAAGCUGCACUGAUGCGGGAGUUCCCAAACUCUGUGGAGAUUCGAAGCACACGUGUGAAUAUGAACUGCACGGUUGUGCUGUCUGACAUAAAUGCAGACGUUCAGCAAAGAGGCAGGUUGAGAGGUAGUAGAACAUCUCCAAAUAGUCCAAAACCUGUAAAAAGGGAUCAUAAAACAAACCAUAUUCCCACAUCAUCAAAGUCGGAACUUGUGAAAAAAUCUGAAGUUUCCUUGAGUAAAAGUGUCAAAUUGAAAAGAUCGAUUGCCAGCAACUCAUCAUCCCAUGUAUUUCCAACUGUAGCUACAUCCCAAUUUAACCAAGGAUCUAGCCUUAAUCCUAAAGCAACAAAUGUCAAGAAUGUAAAAUUUACUCCUUCAAAGUUGUCAAGCAAACAGACAGGUGUUAAAGUAAGUAUGGGCUUGAGCUUGUCUGAAAAGAAGAUUUUGGAGGAAACAGAAGAAUUAAAGACUGAGCUUUCCAAUGACCAUAUAGAGUGCAUAAACAUAACUAGUUCAUCGGAAGCUGAAGAGCUGAGGAAAAAUGACAAAACAGAGCAAUUGCCUUCAACUAGUCAUGUUGGAACGCGGUUAUCAACAAGAAGCUGUUCAAAAAACGCUCAAAGCAGCAGAGGUGCUACCCAACGAGAAAAUGUAGCUACAGAAACAUUAACAAUCGCCUCGGUGUCACUCGGCGACCGGCGACCGAGCCAAAGUGUGGCCACCGCUAAAUUUGGCCCAACGAAGAGGUGCCGGUCCAAAACACAAAAUCAGAAGAUUGAUAGUAUGCAAGUAACACGAGGAAAAACAGCAGUAAAAUCUAUGAAGUAUGAGAAAAUCUCGAGUGGACAGAAUCAUGUGAAUAUAGAAAUUGAGACCUUGAAUGAUUCAUUGAAUGCCUGCGUCUCCUCAAACUCCCCAACAUUCUGAAGCUGAAAUGGUCGCAUAAAAAAAAAACUUUCGAUCUAAUGCAAUUGUAUGUAUACCAUAUUUGACAAAUGUACAAUUCUAAUCUUUUUUUGUAAAGUCAUGUGGUUAUGUACCUUCCACAGUGAUGAUUUUUGUGAUGAAACCUAUUACCAUGCAUUGACCUGCUUUGCCCCAGCUAAGCCACAGAUUACUUCCUAUCCUAAACUUAUGUGUACUUGAUAUGGUUGCAUCUCCAAAUAUUAAAAAAACAUUGGUACCACAAAUGAUUCCGCCCCUGAAACGCGCACUGCAGGGGAGGUACAUACAGCAAGUGGUUUAAAUUCUGGUAUCUCAGUUGAUGAGUUUUCCCAUGGGUGGUUGUGCAAUAUCAAUAAUUAAACUCGUGUAUUAAAAUGACAGCACAAAUAAUUCCCAUCGAUAGGCUGGAUAAAGUAAACAUUGCCUGUAAGGACAACUGUCUCGACAUCAAGUUUGUUUAAUCAGGUGAGAACUCAAUACCAGAAAUUUCUACUUUUUAAGGUUGACCAUAAUUAUAGCCAUGAUCAAUCCACUUGCGAGAUAGCCUCAGCUGCUGUCACCACUUGUACAUUAACUUUUUAAAUCGCUGAACUGUGUAAUAAAUUUCUAGUGCUGUAAGUUAAUCGAAUCUUAUUACAACUUCCAACUUAAAAAAAAACUUUUGCUGUCUUGAACAUCACAAGUUAUGUGCGUUGUGUUUGUAUUGGAGUACCUUCAUGUGUUGGGUAUGUAAGUGAAGGCAUAUAAAAGAGUUCAGGAAGGGAUCAUUGGAAGCAAAUUCAAAUGCUGUUUUGUAGAGUGUGCGAUUAUUUUUAAUGACUUGUCCAUGCAAAAUAAAGGCCGUAUAAUUUAAGCUCGGUAAGGUAACUUUAAAUGGUCGGACUUUUAAAAUGAAUUUCUAGGCACGGCAUAUUUAAGAUUAUAGUACCCCAUACUGUCUAAUGUGAUCGUCGUUCAAUAAUUUAAAACGUAACAUUUGUUUUUUAAGUUUAUCAGUCGUGUAUUUAGUCAUUCACGUGGCUUUGUUUAGUGCUAACCUUACAGCAACUAGACAUUUGGCCAAAAUAUAAUUGAGAACUGUUCAACGCAUACUGGAUAUGGUGUUGGGCUAAGACAACUCUGGAUAAGACUCCCAUCAAUAUAAAUCUUUCCUAAUGGGACGUCAGGGAGUGCAAGCUGCAUCGAUCACUGUGUGGUGGAGAGUAUAUGAAGCCGAAUGGUAGUAUCCAUUACCUCCACGUUCCUGCAAUGAGCGAGUUCCCUUAGGACCUUAAGUGACUGAGAUCCUAUACUGUAUCCUUUCCUACGUGCCUUCUGGCGCAUUUAAGGUGUCACGCCUGUGUAUGUGAAAUUACAUCAUUCGCGUGUAAGGAAACGUUUGUUUUUUUACGUCGUUUAAAUCGAAUUACUGCUCGACUGAUAUAUUGUACUGUUAUGAGAAAUGAUUAAAGAUGUAAUGUACAUACAACAAU